CGGUAAACAACGGUGGGUGCUGCAGGCGGAGCCAUGUGGUGCCCGUCACUUGGCGGGGGUGGGCCCGACCCCCUUUCCCCCCCCCCCCCCCCCCCCCGCCAGGGCGCAGCCCGUUGCUCCCGACCGCCCCGGGGACGCAGGCGCGAAGGAACACGGGGGCGUGGGUAACCCCCCGCGCCUCAGUCUGGCGGCGCGUCCUGCUGCCGGCGCCGCACGACUGCCAUCCUCUUCUCUCCUUAAUCCCCAGGUGAGCUGAGAGACGUUGGCCGGAGGAAGGUGGAAGGCGCUGGGCCGAGGCCCUGAGCGGUGUGUCGGUCGCCCGGGGUGGCCCCUGACCACAGUCUUGCCCCCACGGGAGUUUCACACCUGACCAGAGUCUUGCCCGUGCCACAGGUUUGCUCCCACCAGAGUCUUGCCCCCACGGGAGCUUCGCCCCCGUCACAGGCUUGCCCCAUGUCAGCCGGUGGCAAGCGCUGGCACAACGCUCCCAACCCGACAGGCAGCCCGGCUCCUGUCCGCAGGCCCCUCGCCCUGACCCUGCAGCCAUAUUGGAGGACAGCUAGAUCAACGCACCGCUCUCCUACCUGAGCUGGCGGUACCCCGGCGAGUGUAACAGCCCUCCAUGCAGCCGCCCCAGAAGAUGGAAAAGAAAAGUGAUUUGAAGACGUUUUGGACACAACUGGGAGGUAAAAGAGUGGACAUCAUAUUUGAGCAAGUGCAAAAUGUGCUGCUGUUGCUGAAGCAAAAGAUCAAGAAUGGAACUGCCACAAACCAAGAAUGCUGGCAGGCGUGGGCACUGGUGAAUAAAGCUAAUCUAGGUGAUCUCUUAACUUUGACAAAUGUAAGUGAUGUGUUUGAUGGAGACGGCAUACAGGAAACCAAACCCAAAUUGCAGUGUCUUCCUACAGAUGAGAAUACCGCAAACUCUGUAGAAGGUUCUCACAGGAAAAAGGAGGAGAUGGAAAAAACAGGUUCAGGGAGUAAAAAAGCAUCUAGUAAAAGUCAAGGUUUACCUUUAAACCUGCAGUAUCAGAACCAUAAGUGCUCUAGUGCAUGUCUUGCCAACAGAGCAGCGGGCUCCUACAAGGGUGAAAAUCCUCUCAAGAUACCCAUCUUGUUUCACUUUCAAAGACGCCAUGCAAAAGCAGACUGCCUUUCGAAAUCACUGGAUGUGAAUUAUAAAGCUCCUUGUGGCCGAAGUCUGAGAAGCUUCCAAGAUGUGCAGAAUUAUCUGUUUGAAACAGAGUGCAAUUUCUUAUUUGUUGAUCACUUCUCCUUCAACACAUAUGUACUGCUGGGCAGGAACACUGUAAAUCCCAAACCCCUCGUGUUUGAUUUCGAUAUUAGCAAUGGAGUCGAGUCUGUGCCCGUUUCCUUCUGUAAUGAUCUUGACCAUGCAAGAUUACCUUAUUUCAAAUAUCGGAGGGCAUCAUGGCCACGUGGAUAUUAUCUCAACAAUUUCUCCAGUAUAUUUGUUGAUUCAUGUGACUGCACAGAUGGCUGCAUUGAUAGGUCAAAAUGUGCAUGCCUACAGUUAACUGCAAGAGGCCUUAGUAAUACUUCUCCAAGUAGUAAAACUUACCACGGCUACAGUUACAAAAGACUGGAGGGACCUGUUGCUAGUGGAAUUUAUGAGUGUAGUGUGUUGUGCAGGUGUAACAAGAUGAUGUGUCAGAACAGAGUUGUACAGCAUGGCAUUCAAGUCAGGUUGCAAGUGUUCAACACGGAGAAGAAAGGCUGGGGCGUCCGCUGCCUAGAUGAUAUCGACAAGGGGACGUUUGUUUGUACUUACUCAGGCAGAUUAAUGAGCAGAGCUGAUAUUCAAGUGUUGGGAGAUGCCAGUCAAGAGCUGAAAGUCAAGAGUGCUGUGAAUGACAGAGGCCGUGGCUUUUUUUCCAAAAAAAGGAAAGCUGACACUGAUUCUUCAGACUCUGUGGUUGAACUAGCGCAAACUGGAAAAAAUGACAUUCUUGAAAAGCAGGAAUCUUUGUCUCAGACUGUGGAUAAUGAAAAUAAAUCAACCCUGGAUCAUCCAAGGAAUUUAAGUACUGCAACCACGAGAAGGCCUGGAACUAGAGCAGUUGUUUUUCAUAAUCACCAGCUAAAAAUGGAAAUUGAUACACUGGUGCACAGUGCCAGCUCAGAUGAAGAGAAUAGUUCUCAGAUUCGUCAGUCAAGCAAAACAAAAGUAACCAGUGGAACAAAGAAACGAAAAGAAAAACCCACUCAGCAGCAGAAGGAAGAACAUGCAAUGGAAAUUGGAGAGACUGAGUCUGCUGACGUGGACAGUGCAGAAUGUAAAAGAAAGAGUCUACCUCUGCAGGGUGUUGAUUGUGGCAAGUCAGGUGUGCUGGAUGACACGUGUGUUGUGAGGCCAUCUGAAAAUGUACCACUAAAAGCUGACUGCAAAGAGGAAAAUCACAGGCAAUCAAAACAAGAUGCAUUUUGUGAGGGGGCUGAUGGUGUCAGGACACUUUUGAAGAAUGCUAAUGAAGAAAAUACUUAUGUACUGGAUGCCACAAAAGAAGGAAAUGUGGGUCGUUUUCUUAACCACAGCUGCUGCCCAAAUCUCUUUGCACAGAGCGUGUUCGUAGAGACUCACAACAGAAGUUUCCCAUGGGUGGCGUUCUUCACAAACAGGCAUGUGAAAGCUGGAACUGAACUCACGUGGGAUUAUGGUUAUGAAGCUGGAAGCAUGCCAGAGACGGAGAUUUCCUGUCAGUGUGGAGUUCAGAAGUGCAGGAAAAAAACCUUAUAGGCAAAGCUUUCAUACUGUGAACAAGUACACCUGGAGAUUUAUAUACUGGAAGGGGCUACUACACGGUGAACGCUUAAGUCUGUGGUGCUAAUUACAUUCAACUAAAAUGCCUUUUACCUGACCUUUUUUAAAAAAUACAUUUAAAUGUCACUUUUGUAGAUUAAAGGAUUAGAACUGUUUGUCAUAAGAACAGGCAUCAAACUUUACUUAGGUAA